AGGGGGUCAAAGGGGAGAUGUCGCAACCGCCUCCCUCCCUCUUUCCCUGCCUCGGCGCUCAGCCACCUCCCAGAUGAGCGCUCUCGCAGACAGCUGCGGGCCGCCGGCCGUCGGGCAUGUCCCUUGAGUGCGCGCAGGCGGCGGGCACUGGGCCGCCGCGCAGCCUGGAAGAGGCCAACCGCACCCGCUUCCCCUUCUUCUCCGAGGUCAAGGGCGACCACCGGCUGGUGCUGAGCGCCGUGGAGACCGUCGUACUGUCGCUCAUCUUUGUGGUGUCGCUGCUGGGCAACGUGGGCGCCUUGGUGUUGGUGGCGCGCCGACGGCGCCGCGGCACCACCACCUGCCUGGUGCUCAACCUUUUCUGCGCGGACCUGCUCUUCACCAGCGCCAUUCCUCCCGUGUUGGCCGUGCGAUGGACUGAGGCCUGGAGGCUGGGCAGGGUCGCCUGCCACCUGCUCUUCUAUGUGAUGAGCCUGAGCGGCAGUGUCACCAUCCUUACGCUGGCGGCAGUCAGCCUGGAGCGCGUGGUGUGCAUCGUGCGCCUGCAGCGCGGCGUGCGGGGCCCGGGGAGGAGAGCGCGGGUCGCGCUGCUGGCGCUCAUCUGGGGCUACUCGGCGCUCGCCGCGGGGCCCCUCUUCGUCUUCUUCCACGUCGUCCAGCAGCGUCUUCCCGGCGCCGACCAGGUCUGGACAGUGGGGAUUGGGAUGGAGGAACAAGUUUUUGGAAUGCCCAGUAUGAGCCAUUCAAACAAAAUAGGAAAAGGAAGCAACAUUCUCACCCCUCUUUACAAGGAAAUUCCGAUUUGCACACUGGUUUGGCCCAGCCUUGCCGGAGAAAUCUCCUGGGAUGUGUCAUUUGUUACUUUGAACUUCUUGGUGCCAGGACUGCUCAUUGUGAUCAGUUACUCCAAAAUUUUACAGAUCACAAAGGCGUCGAGGAGAAGGCUGACGGUGAAUCUGGCUUACUCGGAGAGCCACCAAAUCCGCGUGUCCCAGCAGGACUUCCGCCUCUUCCGCACCCUCUUCCUGCUCAUGAUCUCCUUCUUCAUCAUGUGGAGCCCCAUCAUCGUCACCAUCCUCCUCAUCUUGAUCCAGAACUUCAAGCGAGACCUGGUCAUCUGGCCGUCCCUCUUCUUCUGGGUGGUGGCCUUCACGUUCGCCAACUCGGCCUUAAACCCCAUUCUCUACAACAUGUCACUGUUCAGGAACGAAUGGAGGAAAGCUUUCCGCUGCUGCUUCUUCCCGGAGAAGGGAGCCAUGUUUACAGACACGUCUCUCAGAAGAAAUGACCUGUCUAUUAUUUCCAGCUAAUUAAUUUUUCUCUGUAGGCAGAGUUUGUCACUCUCUUAACAAGCCAUGGUGUGUUUUCAAAGAGAGUUAAUUUCCUGGACCAUCGCACCACUGUACCCUAAGAAAAUGUAACCUAUGCAAAUUAUACAUUUACAGUACUGGUAAAUUAAGGGGUGAUCAUUCAGUAUAAGAAUUUUAUCCUUUAUAAAAGGAUUUGUUAUGGGUUCCUUUAAAUAUGAACUUUUUCAGUGUGUUUGUAAUAUGAUUGAAUUGAAUAAAAUUUUUAUUUAUAAUUGUUCAGCAGUCACAUCUCCUACAUAUAAAGCCAUACCUUGCUGGUUUCUGAAGUGAGUCUUAGGACUGAUCUAGGACUCAGAUCUCUCUGCUGAAGGCUCACUGGCUACUCUAGGUCCCCGCCCUGGACUUACAAGGCCUAAAGGAUCAUUCGUUAAUUUUAAGAACGCUUGAGGAAUUUCCAAGGAACAAUUAAAGGUGACUUUUUGUUUCCUUUUAGAAGAAAUGCUAUGGACCCUGUUAGGAGAAGCAGUGUCAUGAACUCAGAGAGAAAAUAGGAUUACUGUAAAAUGUGGGGGUUUGUGGGAAAUGAUCUUGGGACAUACUUUGUGAAGGUGGAGCAAACACAAUUUGUUGAUGGAUAGGAUGUACAAUGUGAGGAAAAGAAGAUUCAAGGGUGAUUUUUAGAUUUAUAGUCUGACACUGUUUGGAUGGUGGGACAGGCAACAAAAAUGGGGAAAGACGGGGGCUGGGAGAGCCAAGAGUUUCAUUUGGGGCUUGUAAAUUUGAACUCUCAGGGAGAUCCAAAUGGAGAGUAUGCAGCUGGAUGCCGGGAUGUGGAGUGUGGACCUGAAGGUAAAUGUUGGGAGUCAUCAGAUAGUGUUUACAGGCCUAUCAUUGGGAGAGAAGAGAGAGAAGAAACCAGAGCUAAAGAGAACCCCGGGACAUGCCAUCACAUGGAAGUUGGGCCCAUGGCUGGAAUGUAUAGUAGCUCAGGGCCUGGCACAUAGGAGGUGCUCAACAAGUCUUUGUUGCUGACUACAUCAGCACCAACCAGUAGUCGCCAUUGCUUAUGGAAUUUCAUGAGUUGCUUCCUUCUGAAAAUUCAUGGUGUUCACAAGCUCGAGAGCAGAUUUUUUGGUUCAUCUUUAGUUAAUAGACUUGGUGAAUUAAAGCUGUAUUUUGAAGUGAUGUGUGGCUAUCUUAUGGGUCUCUGGGCUUGUCAAACUGAAGCUGAACAGCCAUCCUGGCGCUGACAGUCUGCUGUUCUGUGUGAUGACAGGCAAGGCUUUCCCAUACAUGGUCAUCUCCCUCUUUGGUGGGAGAACAAGCACAUUGGGGUGGGGGACCCAGGAACCUCCCAUCGGCCCUUGAUAUUCCAGCACCGAGGCAGACAUCUCCACACUCACGGGAGAGAGGUGCCCCUCCCAACCCCCCGACAUGUUUCAUAGCUAUCAGCUGGGCAUCGCCAGUGUUUACACAACGCCUAAAGGCUCUCUAAUGGGAUCCUCACUGGAUCCCAUCAAACAGAUACUGUUUCCCCAUAUUUUACAAGAGAAGAGUGAGGCUCAGAGAAGCAA